AUGCAUAAUAAUUAUAUUUAUCCUCUGAAUUUAGACUUUGUCAAAUCUUACGUUGAAAAACAAACUCCUGGAAAUGCGAAUAAAGAGCUUAAAGUACUAGCUGAUCAAAUUCCAAGUGUUUUGGACAAAUGUCGAGAACCAACUACUCUAAAGAAGUAUACUUGUUAUUUUAACCUUUGGAAAGAUUGGGCCGAGCGAUACUCAUUAAAAUGUUUCCCGGCCGACGAAUUCCAGGUGGCAUUAUUUCUGUUGAGUUUAAUUCAAGGUGAUGCGUCUAUUAGUAUAAUCGAAAGCUGUUUCUAUGCCAUAAAGUUUCACCACAACAUCAUUUCAUGUCAUGAUCCUUGCGAAGCUCCUAUCGUUAAAAACAUGCUUGAGGCGGCAAAAAGAAUAAAGAAGCAACAAGUGAAGAAGAAAGAUCCUAUAACAGUAGACCACCUUAAUUCGAUUUUUAAUUAUUUGGGAGGUGAAAAUGCCGAUUUGAAGAAUUUAAGAACACUAGUGAUAUGCUUGAUAGGAUUUAGUGGCUUCUUAAGAUUUAAUGAAAUUGUGAACUUAAGUCGAUCUGACAUCAUUUUCUUUGACACGUACAUGACACUUUUCAUCAGCAAAAGCAAAACCGACGUUUAUAGGAAAGGUUCAACGGUGUUUAUUGCAGAAAAUAAUUCCGACUUGUGUCCCGUUAAGAAUCUUAAGCAGUAUUUAGUAAAAGCAGAAAUUGCUGAAAAUUCGGAAAAAUUUAUAUUUCGAGCAAUAACCGCAGGAAAUAAACAGUCCCUGAGAAAAACAAACAAACCUAUCUCGUACACGAGAGCAAGAGAAAUGUUUUUAGAUGUGAUUAAGGAUAUAGGGUUAGAUCCAAGAAAUUUCGGAUUACACAGCCUUCGUUCAGGCGGUGCAUCUGCAGCGGCUAACACUGGAGUUAAUGAUCGGUUAUUCAAACGACAUGGACGUUGGAAGUCAGACCAGGCAAAAGACGGGUAUGUUGAGGAUAACAUAAGUGCUUUACUCUCUGUAUCUCAGACAUUAGGACUUUGA